AGAACCCAUUGUGGCCCUCGAGUCAAAAAGUUUGCCCACCCCUGACCUAGAAUGAUCUGUUUUCCUUCUCCUCAAUCCCCCUUUUGAAUUUUGAGAAAUCUGUAGCUGCUUAGCACAUUUCACUGUCCUGGGUUUCUGGUGGGGCCUCUAUUGCUGCUGUAAUGAAUGAUCACAAAUUUAAUGGCUUGAAACACAAAUUUAUUAUCUUAUAAUUCUGAGAUAAAGGUCACAAGUCCACAGUUAGUCUUAGUGGGAUAAAACCAAGGUGUGGGCAAAGCCCUGUUCCUCUGGAGGCUCUAGGGGCUCAUUUAUUUCCUUGUGACCCCUUCAUCUUCAAAGACUUCUCUGACUUCUGCUUCUUUGUCACAUCUUCUCCGACCUGACCUGACCCUCCUGUCUUUAUCUUAUUAAGAUCUUUGUGAUUCCUUUGAGCCCACCUGGGUACUCCAGGGUAGUUAACCUCCCCAUCUCAAAUCCCUUAACUCACAUCUUCAAAGUCCUCUUUGCCGUGAAAGGUAACAUACAUAGUCACAGGUUCCAGGGAUUAAGGAUGUGGACAUUUGGGGAGGGGGGGGAGCCAUUAUUCUUUCUUCCUCACUCUUCACAUCUGAUCUGAUAAUCUAAUGUAAUGCAGUUGUGAGGCUAGAGAUGGCACAGGAGCCGACCAGAAACUAGGCCUCAAAUGAUAGAGUAAGAGCUUGGAUUGAAUUGAGGAUAGUUGGGGAACCAACCAGUUAGAUUCUACCUUCUAAAUGUUUCUAGAACCUGUCCCUUGUUCUCUUCCACGUUAUCACAGCCCUAGUUUAGGCCACCUUCGAGUCUUACGAGAAUUUCUUCAAUUCUCUUUUCAGGUCUCAGAGUUUUGCACCUUUAUUUUAUCGCUGAACACAGAUCUUUCUAAAAUUAUCUAGAAGUUAAAUCUGACCACUCCUCUGCUUGGAGUCUUUCUAGUUUCCAGCUGUCUUCAAUGCAAUCCAAGCUCCUAUUCCUAGCAUUUGGCCCUCCCUGGUUGGCUCCAUGACCCCGCUAGCUUCAUCCAUUUUUCCAAACACCUGAACUACAGGCAGUUCCCCACCAUGACCCCCUCUGAGCCUUUGCUCAGUCUGUCCUCUCUGCUGGGGAUGCCUUUCCCUCCUCUUAACUACCUGACAGAUACCCACGUAUCUUCCAGAACUCGACCUAAGCAUCACCUCUAGGGAACCUUCUGACUGCCCCCCUCCCAUGAGUGCUCCCCUCUGUGCACCUCUGCUCUCCCAAUGGACUUUCACCUGCAAACUCCUCUGCAUCCAUUCCAUCUUCCCACCUUGACUGGGCUCUGGUUGUGGCUGAAUUCCUCUGUCACCAGCAGACUGUAUGGGCUGGACCCACCACAACCCCUUUAAAUGUUGGAGGAAUGAAAGUGCUGUCGGGGCCCUCACACUCUAGGAGACUUGGUGCAUUGAAGUUGCAUGAACUUGGGUUAAAGUACAAACACUCCAAGAGCUGUCUGUUCAUGGGCAAGUCAUUGGAGUUCUGAGCCUCGAUUUCCUCAGCUCUGCCUACCUCGUGGGAUUCUGUGAAAUAACGUGUGUCUGGUGCAGUGCCUGGCUUACUGUAAGGGCUCAAAUAUGCAUCACCCUUGCAGCCAAGAAGCAGAGGAAGCAAAGGUGUCCAGUCAGUGAGUAGGAGAAUAGGAACAGGGAAGUAAGGGAGUAGGAGCAGAAACCUCUGAGACCCCAGUGUGCUAGUGGCCACUUAGUGUGUCCUGAGCAAAGUCAAGUUAGGCAGAUGGGGUGGGAUGGCAGAUCAUGGGUGCCAAGGCCAAGCCUCCCCUGACAGCUGGAAUGGACCGGCCUCCAGUGACAUCACAAUCCUGAGUGGCCGCUGAGGCACUGCUGGAGGUGGACCCUCAUUUCUCUCCACUGAGCUCUAGGAUGUGGAAGUGAGAAAGGUGAGCAAGGAAGGCAGAUGGCAACGAGGAACAGCUCAAGCCCCAUGCCCACGGGCACGGCUCAGGGUGACCCUGGAGAGGCAGGAACACUGUCAGCUCCAGAUACUGGCAUUCGGGACAGUUCAGCCACUCAGCUGAAGACGAAGCCCAAGUAUGUGCGCAGGGUCAAGGCGCUCAUCAUCGACCUGGGCUCGCAGUACUGUAAGUGUGGCUACGCAGGAGAGCCGAGGCCCACCUACUUCAUCUCCUCCACAGUGGGCAAGUGCUGCUCCCAGAUGGGCGACACCCGCAAGAAUACCUAUGUGGGCCACGAGCUGCUCAACAUGGAGGCACUGCUGAAGCUGGUUAACCCUCUAAAGUACGGCGUUGUGGUGGACUGGGACUGCGUCCAGAGCAUCUGGGAGUACAUCUUCUACACGGCCAUGAGGAUCCUCCCCGAGGAGCAUGCCGUGCUGGUCUCCGACCCCCCGCUCAGCCCCAGCAGCAACCGGGAGAAGUAUGCGGAGCUCUUGUUCGAGACCUUUGGCAUCCCCGCCAUGCAUGUGACAUCCCAGUCGCUGCUGUCCAUCUACUCCUAUGGCAGGACCACAGGAAUGGUGGUGGAGAGCGGGCACGGCGUCUCACACGUGGUCCCCAUCUCAGAGGGCAACGUGCUGCCGGGCCUGGUAGGCCGCGCAGACUACGCCGGGGGUGACCUCACCAACUACCUGCUGCAGCUGCUCAACGAGGUGGGCCACAAGUUCACGGACGACCACCUGCACAUCGUAGAGCACAUCAAAAAGACGUGCUGCUACUCGGCCUUGCAGCCCGAGAAGGAGGUCUGCCUGGCCCUGGAGGAGCUGCGCGUGGACUACGAGCUCCCCGAUGGCAAGGUCAUCACCAUUGGCCAUGAGCGCUUCCAGUGUGCUGAGAUGCUCUUCAAGCCCACGCUGGUGGGCAGCAGCCUGCCCGGCCUCCCCGCGCUCACAGCCACUUGCCUGGGCCACUGCCAGGAGGCGGGCUUGAAGGAGGAGAUGGCCGCCAACGUGCUGCUGUGUGGCGGCUGCACCAUGCUGGACGGCUUCCCCGAGCGCUUCCAGAGGGAGCUGAGCCUCCUGUGCCCCGGGGACAGCCCCACCGUGGCUGCGGCUCCUGAGAGGAAGAGCUCUGUGUGGACGGGUGGCUCCAUCCUGGCCUCCCUGCAGGCCUUCCAGCAGCUCUGGGUCAGCAAGGAAGAGUUUGAGGAGCGGGGCAGUGCAGCCAUCUACACCAAGUGCUGAGCGCGGCCCGCCAGGCCAGGCCUCGUGGGCAGGCGACCUGAGGCCACUCCAUACAUUUACAGAGUUUCACAUAAACAUUUAACACAACGGCUCUUGUCCAGUCUGGGUUUCUUGCUUUAGUCUGAUAACAGGAGGUGAUGGGGAGUUGGGUUUAGAGGUAGCAGCACCUUUUGCUCUGCUGGGUGGGGAGCAGCAGGGAUGGGAGGCCCCUCUCCUCAUGAGGGUGACAUCAUCUCAGAGCCCCAACUAUGGCUUCCUGUUCCAUUAGCUCCUCAGGGUUCAAAACCCAAUUCAGCAGACACAUGGCUUGCUCAUCUGUCCAGGGACCACGUGGGACAUGAAGGCUUGGAUUAAGGGACUAGUUUGGGUUAUGUAAAGUGGUGGGGGGACACUCAUAAGCAGGUGUUGGCUUCAUCUCCUGUCACCUGCCCAUAGCUGCAUCAUUGCUUGAUUGCCCCAGGCCCCCUCCCUGCCCUCCCCUCACUGCCUGCCCUCUUCAGAGGUGCAGCCCAUAGGUGUGCAUCUCCUGAGUGGGAGGGGCCAUUUCUACCCGUCCGCCUUCCAACUUCAGCCAGAAUUGCAGCUGUUUCUGCAGUGACUGAAUCCAGAUGUCAGAGGAACCAGAGAGUCCUUUGGAAAUCACGUGGUUCUCUCCCUCCAGUAGAGGUGAGGAAACAGGACCGGGAGGAUGGGGGCCGUGGCAGUGGAUGAGUCCAGGUCUCCUGACCCAGGGCGUAAUUAUUUCCAGAAGGGCAAACACAGUUACUUUAGUUUGGGCUGCUAUAAAAAAAAAAAAUAGCACAGACCAGGUGGCUUAUAAACAGUAGAAAUUUAUUUCUUAUAAUUUUGGAGACUGGAAGUCUAAGAUUAGGGUGCCAGAAUGGCAGGGUUUUGGUGAAGGCCCUCUUCUGGGUUGCAGACUGCUGACAUCUUGCUGUGUUCUCACAUGGUGGAAGGGAUGAGGGAUAUCUCUGGGGCCUCUUCAGCACUAAUCCCAUUCCUGAGGGCUCCACUCUCAUGACCUAAUCACCCCCCCCCCCCCAAAGGCCUCACCUAAUACCAUCACCUGGGCAUUGGG